AAACGGGAACGGGAGCGUCACAGCUUGCAUAUGUAUCUUAAAUGUACGGCCAUUAAUCUGUGUAAAUGUUGUGAGAGUGAUAAAGAAAAUUGCAUUGAAAUGAUGAUGUUAUCAAAGGCAUUCACAUUAAAUUAGUAAAUAUUUGAUGCAGUUGCUGAAACAGUUAAACUCCUAAUUAUAUUAAGUUUCAAUUGGCGUGCGACAGUCGUUUUUUAUUAUAUUUUUAGUUCAGCAGAAGUGUGAAGUGUGUUUAGCAAAAUAAAAAUCAAAAUCAGAAGAACAUAACAUUCCCUUGUGUGUGGCAAGAAGCGACGAGUCGAUUAUGUUUAGUAUAAGUGAAUUGUGCUGCAUGUUUUGCUGCCCACCCUGCCCCGGACCGAUAGCUGCCAAACUCGCUUUCCAGCCACCUGAGCCGACCUACAAACUGACGCCAGCUGAUGACACAAAUAUCAAAUACAAUUUACAGCUCUACGAUCGUGCCGAAUGGCAAUACUCGGAACGUGAAAAAUCCAAAAUCGAAGCGUUCUUCACGCGAACAUCGCGUGGCAAUUUGAUAACGUGCACUUAUGUCCGUUGCAGCAAAAAUGCAAAAUAUACUCUUCUAUUUUCACAUGGAAACGCUGUCGAUUUGGGUCAGAUGAGCAGCUUUUAUUUGACCCUCGGCUCACAGAUCAAUUGCAAUAUAUUUGGCUAUGAUUAUUCGGGUUAUGGGAUGAGUGGUGGGAAACCCUCCGAGAAAAACCUCUACGCAGAUAUCGAAGCUGCUUGGCAAGCAAUGCGGACAAGGUUAAACAUUAGUCCAGAAACCAUUAUUUUAUAUGGCCAAAGUAUAGGAACUGUUCCAACUGUUGAUCUCGCCUCUCGUCACGAAGUUGGCGCAGUUAUUCUUCAUUCGCCGUUGAUGUCGGGCCUGAGAGUCGUAUUUAGGAAUACGAAAAGAACCUGGUUUUUUGACGCUUUCCCAAGUAUUGAUAAGGUCGCUAAAGUAAAGUCACCAGUAUUGGUUAUUCACGGAACGGAUGACGAGGUCAUUGACUUUUCCCACGGAAUUGGUAUUUACGAACGGUGUCCGAAGACUGUGGAACCCUUUUGGGUAGAGGGAGCUGGUCAUAAUGAUGUUGAACUGCAUCCCCAAUACUAUGAGCGGUUGAGAAAAUUUCUGUCCGUGGAACUGAUCAAAUGACAAUUAAAGAUCAAUGUCGAGGGAUGUGCUUUUAAUAAUACUUCAGAAGGAGCAACUAGUUCCAAUCCUUUGGCAGCCAGCUUGAAACUCACUCAAAAACCUCAGACGACAUCAACAGCGACAGAACAUGAAUCUAAUAACAAAAAUAAAAAGCCUGAUGAUAACGAUGGUCUUUCAGCAUCCAGUUCGACAUCAAUUAAAGAUCUGGCCGAAAAGUUUCUCUAGCAAAAAAAAUUGGGCCUAACCUCUUCGGCCCAAAAAAAGUGUUCUUUGCAACUAUCAAAUAUCAGUUAUUCAAAGCGACAUGAAAACAUAGAAACCAGCCGAAACCAACCUGAAAAUAGCUCUCCUCAAUACAAUAUUAUAAAAUCUGAUGAGAUGAUUGUGGCCACAUUUAAACAAAUAAAUAACCCUGCUCCCACACUCCCCAUACACUCUCCUCAUUCACCUGUGCAUCCGAAUUCAAAUUCCAGUAUACAGCAAAAUAAACUUUCUGGUCGGUAUAUAAAUAAUAAAAUAGUUCAACAAAAGUCUGCUAACAAAUUACUUAGUGCUAAACAAUUGACUGAACACAAAACACCACAUUUCAGUGUAAAUGAAAAUGCGAAUGCGAAUGAAAGAUUAUCAUCAACCACUACUCACUCAAGUAUAACAUGUAGUUGUAUCAAAUCACCCAAGUACGAUAAGACAUUUAUCCAAAAGGAUCCCAAAUGUGUUGAUUUCACAAACGUUUCGGCAACAAAUUUUACAGUUAAGGAUCAGAAGUCGCCGAAACAGAAAAGAAAUUCGCAUCAGCAGCAGCAGCAGCUACUCAAUAUAACACCAUCUAUAAAAAAAACAUCAACGAAUGAUUUCAAUUUGAAAAUCAUUGCACCAAUUGCUGCAUCAGAUGUUAAUCAACAACAAAAACAACAACAAUUGAGGCCUUCCUUCGGAGUUCAAGACAAUCAUAAUGCCAGUCAUCAGUUCACAAUCAAAACAAGUAAAUCGGAACAGACUUCGCCAAAUAUGAUGGGCGGCAUUAAUCAAAAAAAGACGACUGCUUCGCAUGGCAACAAUAAAAGAAGUACCGAUUCCUUGCACUAUGUUUCACCAAUGGACCCGUGGAUAAAGAAAAAUGAUGAUUUGCAAAUGAAUAGUUUCAGCGAGGCUGGCUGGGAAAUUGCAACGGAUCCUUGGAUUAAACGUCCAAUCGAUUCGCUUGUAACAGAUAAAUUUGCACAUUCUAAGGAAAGAACACAAGAAAAUGCUUGUACAAAAGAUGACUUUAUGAUGGAGGCAACAAGCAAACGAUCUUAUUUGAAACCAAAUAUGCACAAACAGAAACUGUACAGAAAUGAAGAAUCCAUACUCUCUGCGCCACCAUCUCCCCAUUUAAUUACCACUUCAAAUAUUAGUUGUACUAUCAAUCAUUUGCCACAACAAAAGAAUUUGCCAACGAAGUCUGCCAGUUUUUCACCGGCUCGGGGUAAACAAUUUCUAAAUCCAUUUGAGGACACAUUCACCUAUGGCAACAUCAAAACCCUUUCCGUUCCAUCCGAUUAUGAUGACGAUCAGUCCAAACUCAAUAAAAAUUUAACUGUGAACAGUUGCAAUAAAUUACAGAAUAGGCAUAGCUUCUCCUCAAUAUCGAAGCAGUCGCGCGAGGAGCUCCAGUUAAACAUUCGUCGUCUAUCCGAGCAGAUGGCUCAGUCAAAUCUUGUACAAUUCUCAUUGGACGAUUGCAAUGUAAAUAAUAUGGUAGAUGAUACAGAAAGUUUCUACCAGGAAAUACCCGCGUCAACGACAGAAUUGCAUACAGUGGAAAAGACAGGUUAUAAGACGAUAUUGAAAUUCAAGGAAAGUUUUCAAACAUUUAAGCACAACAAUCCCAAAGUUUCCACAGUUCUGGGAAAGACAAAAGUCUACAUUAGACAUCAAAAGCCGAAACCAAUGCCAGAAACCACCUGUUAAAAAACUAUUGUUCAACAUUCAACAAACAACAAAAAAAAAAUUAUUCAAAUGAAAGAAAAAGAAAAGAAAAAAGAUUGAGAACUUGGAUAUUCGUGUCCUUAUAUUCGAAUCAAAAUAAGCUACAUAAGUAUACAUACAAAAAAAUGAAUGAGAAGCAAGCAAGUUUAUCAAACAUUUUUUAUUUGAGCCUGCAAGUAAAUAUGCAUUUAUAUUAAACAAUAGGAAUGCUCUUCUACAUUCCCAAAAAAAAAUAAAAUACAAACGUGUUGUUUUUAAGUUGUAGGCUGAAAUAUAUUUGCAAACAAAAUGUUCUAAUGUAUUAUUUUAUUGUAUUAAUAUAAUUUCGUGUAAAUCCCUUAAAUUGAUUGUAAUAAAAUCAUAUAUACAUAUA